GGCUUGGUCCACCGGCUCCUGUCAGGAUGGGAGCAGCGAGGGAAGAGCUGCGGAGCCUGCUCUUGGCAACAGUUGCUGGCCUUAUACUUUCUGUAGAUGCAUCUUUCGUCGAAGAUUUGGAUGACUCGUUUAAAGAGAAUCGUAAAGAUGACAUUUGGCUUGUAGAUUUUUAUGCACCAUGGUGUGGCCAUUGCAAGAAAUUGGAGCCAGUGUGGAAUGAAGUUGGUAAAGAAAUGGGAAGCAUUGGUUCUCCAGUAAAAGUUGGGAAGAUGGAUGCAACUUCCUAUUCCAGUGUUGCCUCAGAGUUUGGAGUUCGAGGCUAUCCAACCAUUAAGCUGUUAAAGGCUGACUUGGCAUACAACUAUAGAGGACCUAGGACCAAAGAUGAUAUUAUUGAGUUUGCAAACAGAGUAGCUGGACCUGUUAUCCGACCCCUCCCUAGCCAGCAGAUGUUUGAGCAUGUGCAAAAGAGGCAUCGUGUACUUUUUCUGUACAUUGGUGGGGAAUCUCCAUUAAAGGAAAAGUACAUAGAAGUUGCUUCCGAACUAAUUGUUUAUACAUACUUUUUUUCUGCCUCAGAAGAGAUACUACCUGAGCAUGUGACACUUCCUGAGAUGCCUGCUGUUCUGGUCUUCAAAGAUGGAACUUAUUUUGUGUAUGAUGAAUAUGAAGAUGGUGAUUUGUCAUCCUGGAUAAAUAGAGAGAGAUUUCAGGGGUAUCUUAACGUAGAUGGAUUUACACUCUAUGAACUUGGAGACACAGGAAAAUUAGUGGCUAUUGCAAUUAUUGAUGAUAAAAAUCUUUCUGCUGAACAUACAAGAUUGAGGUCUAUUGUUCAGGAUGUUGCUAAAAAUUAUAGAGACCACUUCCAUAGGAAUUUCCAGUUUGGCCAUAUGGAUGGAAAUGAGUACAUUAAUAGUUUACUAAUGGAUGAUGUGAAAAUUCCCAGUAUUGUUGUACUGAAUACAUCCAAUCAACAGUAUUUCCUACCUCAUAAACCUAUUGAGAGCAUUGAAGAUAUGGUCCAGUUCAUUAAUGAGAUCUUGGAAGGCACUGCAGAAGCACAGGGUGGAGAUGGAAUUCUUCAACGAAUCAAGAGAAUAAUUUAUGAUGCCAAGUCUACUAUAGGAUCGGUUUUCAAGAGUUCCCCCCUUCUGGGCUGCUUUUUGUUUGGUCUACCGCUGGGUGUCAUCAGCAUCAUGUGUUAUGGGAUUUGCACUGCUGACACUGAGGGAGGGUCAGAUGAAGCAGAGGCAUCUAAGAAGGAUACAACAGGCAGGGAACUGACUGAUGAAGGCACUGAAGAAGAACCAGAGGAGGAAAACAAUGAUAGCCCUAUAGAACUUCCAGAUGGAGAGCAAGAACAGAAAUCUACAGUGGAAAAGAAAAAAGACUAAAUUGCUUUAUUAAAAAGGUUUUUUUCGUAGAAUUUCCAAAUAGAGACUUAUUUAUUGAAUCGGUUAUUUACCUGUGACCUUCAGAAAUGAGAACCUUUUUGUUUGAUUUACAUGCAUGCAUUCAAAUUGCUUGGCCGUGAAGAGGAACGGGUAGAAACAUGGAUUUUGAAGUCUCAAUCUACCUUUUUCCUGCUGAAACGAAAUCAAAUUAAUGGUUCAUUUUACAUGGAUGCACAGUGCUGUUGGAUGAAACAAUGUUUCUCUCUCUCUCUCUCUCUCUCUCUCUCUCUCUCUUUCUCUCUCUCUUCUGUCUAUUGAUACCUGUGUUUAAAAUUGGUUUUAACAGUGUGGCCAAAAUAAAUAAGGCUCUUCUCUCUUUAACAAUAAAUAAGAAAGCAGGGCUGUUCUCAGCCUGGAGUAAAAUCUGUAAAUAUUACUGAGCUUUAGAAACACUUAAUGGGAACCACAUCUUUGGGAUGUUAUAUAAAUGUAUUUUUAUUUUCGUUACUAUAGUUUUCGAGAAGCAAUACUUUUUUACAUUUUGGUUUUUGAAGAAAAAAUGGUAAAUUAUCUCUUAUGGAAGUGACAUGGCAUCACUAAAGACAAGUAUUGCAGUCCACCUAGAAUUACUUUUUAAUACAAGUUUAGUUCUUUUAAAAGUAAUUCUUGUUUACUUGAUAUAUACUUUUGGAGUCCAUUGAAUACUGCAUAUUGAUCUAAUAUCUGCAUUACUAAAGAUUCACUUCUGUAUUUAAUGUACAGAGGAUAUUUCUCCCAAAUCGUAACUACUUGACAAAUUUGAGUGUUCCAUUUGUUUAUGGCAACAUUAGUAGGAUGAUGUGUGUGUAUGGGUGUAUUACACAAUUUAUGACAAACCUUCCUUUAAUAUGCCAAAAUAUUUUUCAAGUGGGUUAAAUAAUAUUGCUAUAACUUUGGUUUCUACAAGUGGAAAAUACUUAUUUGAGCAAAUAUUUUAUGGGCUUGUUAAACAUUGACACCUGCGUUUGAUAUCCCUGUUGAUUACAUGUUGAUUGGGAAGGGCAAGUUAAUUAUCUGUAGCACUGUGGGCAUUUAUAGAAAAGGGGCUAUACGCUAGUGUAAUCCAUUUUCAUUAACUGUUUAAUCAUAUAAGUCAUCUCUAAUACUGCCCCAUGACAUUGAAAGAGACUAAGCUCUCUCCAGAGUUGAGAUCUCAAGGGAUAAAUGCUAAGAUGAUGUUUGGAGUAUUGAUACCAUGGUGAUUACCAUAGCAACCAAGCCUAUGUUGCUCAUUUUCAGGACUAAGGCUAUGUCACAUUCAGUUUGAAAAUGGAAAAAUAAAAGAUUCUAAGCCUUUGGUCAUGGUACAACAGUUAAGUAUAAUAUUAUAUAUAUAUAGAAAUUUUAAGCUUGAAUAAAAGAAAAGGUUAAGGAAUCAAAACUAAGGUUAUUUUCUGCUAUUCCUAUUUAACAAAUAUUUCUUUCUCUGUAGAGAGAAAUCUUUCUCUGUAGAGAGAAAGCAACUUUCUAAAUAGUCCAAGAAAACUACAUCUUACACAAUUAUAUUAAAUGGAAGAAAAUGAUGCUGACACCAACAUUACUAUUUUGAAAAUGCAUAGUGUUUUACAAAUAGAUAUCUUCCUCUUUGAAUAAAAAGUGAAUAUUGCUUUUCAAAGUAGGAUACUAUGAAUAAUCUGAAGAGUCUAGAAUUUUUGCUGGCAAUUGCUCUAUCCAAAGAAUAAACUACUGUAUUUCAUGUAUCUAUUAGAAUAUUUCUGUGAACUACACAUGAAAUACUGUAGCUUGAAGUAAGUUUUGUUCUGUUUUUGUUUGAAUUUAAUGCAGGUUAUGAAUAUUGAGAGGUUAUAUUAUAAGUUGUAUUUUGUUUCCAGAGUGAGAUGCUAGACUUGGCUUUCAACAAACCAGAGGUCUUUUGAAGUAGCUCCAAAACUGUUGCUGAAAACUCCAAAGCAUAAAAUCAGCAUAUUCUGCCUCAAAUCUGGAUUCUUGUGAAGGGAUGGCAGGGUCCCUCUGACUACACUGGACUACCGAGUCAUUUUUGUUUUACAUUAUUAUUAUUAUUAUUAGUCGUUUUAAAGAAUGUUAGUGAAAGAAAUUGGAAUUCAACCCAUUUCACAUGUCUUUUUUUAAUUAUCUUUGUUCCUUUAGCUACAAAUAGGAUCAACAUGCUGCAGUUUUACUAGUGCUGGGUCUGAGUAUGUGCUUUCCAAAAGAACAGAUGCAGCUAGCAUCUAUUUCCAUCAUAAUACGUUAAAUAGAUUUUGGGUAGUUCAGAUGGUGAUGAAAAUAGGUAUAUGUUUACCAUUCCUCUUAUUAAAUGUCAAACUCCCUGAUGUUCACCAAACUGAAAAGUACUGCAAAUUCAUUCCAACUUCCUAACAGUGCAUUUAAAUCAGAAUGAAAAGUUUGUGGUAUUAAACAAAAUGACUAUUUUUGAUCAUGUAAAGAGCUUCACACAGAAUGGUAUCUAUUUUAACUUGAAUUGGAAGUGCUGUAAUAACUUAAACUUUAUUUUACCCUGUUGAAUUUAUCCAUUGUAAAUGUGUGUUUUUCUACAAUAAUAAAACAUUUAAAAUA